CAAAUCACUUCUGCAAAUGUCCAAAAUGGCCUCUCCCAGCGUUAGUCGUUUCGGACCCUCAGCUCUCUUCAUAGUUUCGCUAAUAUUCAUACUAUCGGUGGCAUUGGCAUCUUCUUCGAAUGAGAGAACCAAAACGGUGGAAUUCAACGUAAAACCGGGGGGAGUUGUACACAGUUUCAGUGAGAAAAUCAGAGAAUAUGAAUGUUCUUUCACGUACGCAUCUCAAGGCGGGACCAAUGAGCAAUGGCAAAUGAGCGUGGGCCUCAGUGAUGACGACAGCCUCUUCUCCUGCUCUGUGUGGAGACCCCAAGGGAAGUCCUACCUGUUUUUCACACAGUUUAAAGCCGAGGUGAAAGGAGCCAAGAUCGAAUAUGCCAGCGCAUAUUCACAGGCAGGUAUGGGAGGACAGAAGGAUGUGCCGUUGAAGGAGGAGGAGUACACUGUGGGAGACCACACAGUGACCCAUAAAGAUGGGAAGUUCCGCGCAGAACUCUCUAAAUUGACCAUCAUCGGACGGACACGCCACGAUGAACUCUGACUGGCGGGGACGUCUGGCUGAGUUCAGAGCCUGUUUUCAGAGCACAUCUGACAAGGAACUGAGUACACUCUUCCAUUCCUCCCUGGUGCGCACCAUGGUCCAGGAGGGGUGUUAUUCAGUCUCAACAGAAAAUAUAUGGACACCUGAACUUAGUGGUUUUCAGCUUGUCUGUAGAUUAAAUCAUUUGAAAUGUUGUUUUCAUAUUGAGCUGUAUAAUAAGACUUGAAGUAUAUUGCAUUCUGAAUGAUGAGGAUGGAAUGGGAUGCUUCGGGUUGGGGCUUUAGGAAUAGAUGUGAGGGGACAUGUCUAGUGUCAAACUCUGGGAAUGUUUUGUAAUCUCUAGUUUUUCAAUUAACACACAUCAAAAACAUAUAUAUAUGCAAAGUGUCUGAAAAAUCUGCCUCAAAUUUAAGCAAACCCAGUCAUUAUGCAUAUGCUUACCAUUCUGUGGCAAGGAACAGAGUUCUUCGGUCCAGAAAUCCCCAUCAUCACAUGACAGUGUCACGCUUAUCCUACACCAGUAAGCAUCACUGUGGAUACAACAACGUUCUGCUUAGUAAUGGCAGGCAUUAAGAAGGACAGUCCAUUCUUUUUUCUUUUUUUACUUCCUUUUUCUACUCAUUGUUAUUUUGAUUUACUGGAGAAACUGAUAUCCCAAAUAAAUUAAUAUUGUCAUAAGACUGGGUGACUGACUUGUGUGUUUCAAAUUUCUCAUGGGUUAAAUUGUGGGUGUCAGCAUGUUUUGAUUCAAGCUUCAAAAAGGGCAGGAAAAUUCCCAUGCUUUGAUGUGGUAAUUUCCCUCCCUCCAGGGGUAUGAUUAGAAACCAAUCAGAUUGUAUAAGGGCAGAGAUGGAUAGGCACUGAAGCAAGUUACAUUGUAAAAGCUUUCUUUCGGUUCUGACUUUGAUUUUGAUGGGGAUGAAAUUCAUUGUGUACACUGUUCAAGCAUUUUUCCAAUAACUCCUCUGGACCUGCUAGAUGCCAGGAUUCUUAAGCAUCCAAUCUAACACUAAUAGUUUUUUUUCCUUAUAUUACAGAAAUGAUAUUCUCCCAUAUUACACAAAAUCUUUAAACCUCAUAUUGAUUUGUACCCUUCAACUCCUCCAAAUUAUCAAAUCUCAGUAGCAAUGAAAUAUCAGUACACAUAUUGGUACACAAAUAUUGCAGACCAUCAUCUGUGUAUAAUUGGGAGGGAAGGAGAAAUAGUUUUGUUGAAAAGAUGUCAGUUGUAUACCUCACGUGUUCUGAAGAAAGUUCACAGACAAGUUUUUGGAGCUUUCUUGGUCUGGCUCCUAACUACAAAUUUGUCAUUAUUAUCGGCCAUCUGCAAUCA